GCUUUACAAAAACAAAUAGAAGUAUAGUAUAUUUUAUAUUAAACAAAAUAUCACUGUUUCGUUAAUUGAUUGUGAAUCACGUAUCCUAAUUCAUAUCUGUAAGCGCAACAGAUCUUGUUUGUGUCAACAGUAGCUCAAGUUCUUUAAAUUGGGCGUAGCAGGCUGGUUCCUCCUUGAAUAAUAUGGCUGCCGAAAUAAAGCCAGCGCAGCGGACCAACAAUGAUCGCUUUAACACGUCCAAGAAGCCGGAAUUGCUGAGUAAGCUAGAGGGCAGUAGCGAUGAUGUGAACGCGGCCAUCCUAAUUCCUGGAGAGAACGGCGUAAUUAGCGUUUCAGAUGACAAAACCGUUCGUGUUUGGUUGAAACGCGACUCCGGUCAGUAUUGGCCCAGUAUUUGCCAGUACAUGCCUUCCGGCUGCACGGCGAUCGAGUACGUCCCGGAAUCCCGACACUUGUACGUUGGCCAGGAGAACGGAACGGUCACCCAGUAUGCUCUCUCCGAAGACUGCAACCGCCUGUCAUUCUUGCGGGAUUACUUAUCACAUCAAGCCAGAGUUGUGGCCGUUGUUUUCUCUAAAACCCACAAAUGGGUCCUUUCCGCAGGCAAAGAUAAGCAGUUCGCCUAUCAUUGCACGGAGAGCGGCAAAAGAGUGGGCGGAUACAACUUUGAGACUCCAUGCACUGCACUCCAGUUUGAUGCAUUAGCCAAGUAUGCCUUCGUUGGCGAUCACGCUGGGCAAAUAACAAUGCUGCGGUGUGAAGUUCAGGGAGUUCAACUGAUUACCACGUUUAAAGGACAUACAGAUAAAAUACAAUCGAAAAGUUUUAACAAUAAUGUUUACAAUUUUGAAACAUUUUAG